AUAUACAGAACAUGAUCGCAAUCACAAUACAUGGAGAGUAAAAAUCGCCCCCGCGCAUAUUUUUAUUAUUAUUCAGUUGAAACGUGAUGGAUUCGUCUUGAAAAUUAAUAGACACGCGGUGUGUAUGGUAGGGAGAUAUUGCCGGCGCGAACAAUCGAUUUCCUUUGGGACAGGCGCCCUGAGUAUCCUGACUCCCUUCGUUCCAGACCAUGGCCUAAUUCUAAUACACAUCCUGCUACACGGCACAAAUUCGAGGCACAAUUUAUCUCCUGUUUUUGGCAACUGCAACGAUCAACGUGCAACUGAAAACAAUUAAUUAUAUUCAAAGCAAAUAAACCACUACAAUGCCUGGUUCAAGAAAGAAGAUUCUCAAACAUGUGAUGAGCGAUAUUUGCUCGAAGAUGAACAGAACGAAACAAUUGCCUGCCAACGUAAUGGAAACUCCACUCAACCGAUGCCUCAAUACCAUCGACAUCACUUUAUUGGGCGUGGGCCACAUGGUGGGCGCAGGCAUUUACGUGUUGACAGGGACUGUUGCAAAGGAUAUCGCCGGUCCUGGUAUUAUCCUGUCCUUCCUGCUGGCGGGAUUAGCGUGUUUGUUGUCGGCGUUGUGCUACGCCGAGUUCGGCACGAGAGUGCCUAAAGCCGGGUCAGCCUAUGUGUACACCUACAUCAGCAUCGGCGAGUUUUGGGCUUUUGUCAUCGGCUGGAAUAUUUUGUUGGAACACAUGAUAGGUGCAGCCUCAGUAGCCCGAGCAUGGAGCGGCUACGUGGAUUCACUUUUCAACUACGCCAUAAGCAAUACGACAAUAGCCCUUACCGGAGAAAUGCACAAGGACCUGUUGGGUCGAUACCCGGACUUCCUGGCGUUCACCGUUUGCCUGGUGUACGCGCUGCUUUUAAGUAUCGGCGUUAAAGGAUCGGCGAUUGUCAACAGUAUUUUGACUGUUGUCAAUCUGGCGGUUAUGUGCAUUGUUAUUGUUGUUGGGUUCUAUUAUGCUGACGAAAACAACUGGACAGCGGUCAAAGGUGGAUUUCUUCCUUAUGGUAUUGGCGGAGUUAUGACAGGUGCUGCUACCUGCUUCUAUGCUUUCGUAGGCUUCGAUAGUAUUGCCACAUCCGGAGAAGAAGCUAAGAACCCAUCCUUUUCCAUCCCCAUGUCUACUGUGGUGUCCAUGGGUAUUGUAACGUUGGGUUACAUCUUGGUAUCAGCAGCGCUUACAUUGUUGGUACCUUAUAACGAAAUCAACCCAAACGCGGCUUUGCCGGAAGCCUUCAGCCAUGUUGGGAUGCACUGGGUUAAAUACGUCAUCUCUUUAGGUGCAAUAUGUGGUAUGACUACAACUCUGUUUGGAUCAAUCUUCUCUCUACCCCGAUGUAUGUACGCAAUGGCACAAGACGGCCUGCUGUUCAGCUUUCUGGGCAACGUGAACACGAAGACGCAACUGCCACUGGCCAACUUAAUGAUAGCCGGACUAUUUUCAGCUUUGAUCGCGCUAGUGUUCGAUUUAGAGAAGCUUGUGGAGUUUAUGUCAAUUGGAACGCUUUUGGCGUAUACGAUUGUUAGUGCCUGCGUCAUUAUAUUACGAUAUCGUCCCACAUUUGAAACAACGGCUUCGGCAACGAAACCAGCGACAACUCCCAGCUCUGAAUUAUCUAGUAGCACGUCUGGAUCUCUAACGCCUAUAGCCGAUAUAACGAAUCUGACCGGUACCUUGAGGGUACAGUACAGCUGGAUGUCUCCAGUAUUUGGAAGUUGCGUUCCUGGUUCUGUUGUGGUCGCAGCGGUGACCGUGUAUACAAUAUUUACGUCGGCUCUGUGUAUACUGUUUCAAGUGUCUUCUAAAGAACUCAUCUCAGGAGUCUGGUGGACGGUGUCGCUAGCCGCAUUUUUUGUCUUCGUCAUGGGAGCAUGUCUACUGGUUAUAGUAGCACAUCAUCCAAACACGAGUGGUCUGAGAUUUAGAGUUCCAUUCGUACCGUUUGUGCCAGCUUUGAGUAUUCUGUGCAAUAUUGAGUUUAUGGUUCACCUGAAUAUCUUUACCUGGGUUAGAUUCUUCGUCUGGAUGAUCAUAGGAAUGUUAGUCUACUUCCUCUAUGGUAUACAUCAUAGUAAAGAAGGCGAGGGCAACUCUUCUUAUUCGAUUUUGAUGACGUCAUCUGAAGCUGUAAAGGAAACUUGGGGUGCUACAAAUAAGACAAACGUAAGGAAGGUGUUGGCUAGGAGGAAAUCGUCGUCUGGUGCUAUUAUGGACGACAACGACGACGAUAGCACUGAAUAAGGAUAAUAACUUGUUUUCAAAGUUCAAUAUGAGUGUAUACGUAUAGGUCGUUUAUUGUAAUUAUGUUGAAAUUUUAUGAAUUAUGAGAUUUUACUCUAAGAUUAAAUAUAAUUUCGUAGAAA